GUCUCGUUUCCAUCAAUUGCGCGCAUAAUACUGGACACAAUGAAACUCCUAUUCACCAUUGCCCUGACGUGCGCACUCUUCUCCAAAGCAUUACCCGAAUCCAGAAUCAAUGGAAAAAAGUGUUUCACCUGUGCAGCUGGUGACUGCACAAUUACUCAGGAGUGCAAGGAAGGUGAAGAUCGCUGCUUUAAGUUCGCAGGUGGGCUGGUGAAGGGAUGUGCAUCCCAAGGUAACUGUUCUGGAUCCCCGAUUGCUCAACUGGGAGCUGAUGUGGGCCUGAACUGCUGUGAGGGAAACUUGUGCAACAACGCCCUGCGCAUCGGACAGAGCAUCCUCUUCCUCCUCCUGGUGCCUCUGGCCUCCUUCUUCCUCUUCAACUAAGCAGCACUUUGACCUGCAGACCCACCCUAACCCUCCUCGACUACUCGAGGAUGGUGCAAAUCAAAUAAAUUCAUACAAUGUUGGUUAAACUUGUUCAAUUUGAUUAAAGCAUUUUUUAUAAUCAAA